CCCGGUUGGGCUUCAACUAGAAAAUAAAAAAUAACCCAUCUCAUCUCAGCCCAACCACACUGAUCCACCACCCUCCCUCUAGUUGAGAUACUGCCGCCGCCGCCGCCCCGCCCAACGCCAGGUGCCGAGGCCUUCGCCGGCGAAGAGCGCCGACCGGGUAUUCACACCCCCUUCUCUUCCCUGGCUGCUAUGCAAAAGACCGAGCGCCUACUAGCUUACUUCUAAUUUUGUUCUUCUUGUGUCUGAAGUACGAGAUCGAGGAAGACGGCCAUGUUCUCAUCCGCCCGCCUUGCCCUACGCCGAGCUGCCUCUCUUGGGGCGGGCCUCUGCCGCGCCGCGGAGGAUCCCUUUUCGCGAAGGUUUCUCCAUGGGCAGCUCCUCCCACGUUCCUUUGCCUCAGAUGCAUCGGGACACAACAGGGGUUUCCCACCUUCUGGGUCUGGAGUUGUUGCAGAUACGGAUCCACGUCAGAAUUUUAACAGAUCUGGUUUUGUGUCUCAAGAUAUUCGUGCUAAGACACAGGUCAACUUCAACAACACAGAUAAUGGAGCGGCGAUGUCUGGGACACCCCGUGGCCAGAACCCUUUCAGCUCAAGGGAGGGCUUCACAGUCAACCUCCGCACCUUUGCCAUGGACCACGAACAGUAUUCCAAGAAGAGAGCUUUCGUCCACGUCCUACUGAAGAGAAAGAAGACCUUCGUGACGGUGACAGACUCCAGCGGGAACAAAAAGACGGGUGCCUCCGCCGGCUGCUUGGAGGACAGGAAAGGACGGUCCCGUCUCUCCCGAUACGCUUCCGAAGCGGUCGCGGAGCAGGUCGGACGGUCCGCCAGGAAGAUGGGGUUGAGCUCCAUCGUCAUGAAGGUGAAAGGGGCUUCGUUCUUCAAGAAGAAGAAGAAGGUGAUCCUGAGCUUCAGAGAAGGGUUCCGAGGCGAAAGGGUGAGGGACCAAUCUCCUAUCAUGUACAUCCACGACGUGACCCAGCUUCCUCACAAUGGGUGCCGGCUCCCCAAGCAGCGCCGGGUGUAGUUUCGGAGUGGACUGGAACUAGAGCUGGGUUUAAAGAAAGAACCGGGGAAGUGUCGGAGGUGAUUUUCGGAAACUUAACGUAAUCGUUGUGUUGUUGGCCUAGUUGAUGUAAUAAUAUGGACAUGUGUUUUGGGCAAAUCUACCCUUGUUCUUGUAUUGUAUGGAAGCAACUUACUCGCUCGAUGAGUUAUAGACAAUUCUGCGUAAUAAUGCUGUUGAGUUCUGAAAUGU